GGUUUAUCCUUUCAGUUGUGGAACUUGUCGCCAUCAGACGUCUUGAUAGUAAUGGUCCCUUAGUCAUAGCGAGGCGGAGAUGUUGAUUGCCUUUCGGUGUUACUAGAAUUAUGAUACCUAGGGAUGCUAGCAGCCGAAGGCGAUCAUUGAGCUCUGACCCAGGGUCUGUAAACUGAAAAUAUCCUCUCAAUUUGUCAGGCUCAUUGUGAUAUCCGAUGAAGAAACUGGAUUUACGGGCUUUGCUGAACUUGUCCGUGAAAGCGUCUAUUGGUGUACCAAAAUCGAUAGUCCCAUGAAUGCCCUAUUUCACAAAUGGUUCGGUUCGCCAUUGAAAAGACUAGAGCAUGUAUGAUGUCACGAUGGUGAGAAGAGGCAGAUAUCGCCGCGGAUAUUGCGGAGCCAGCCUCAACAUGAUAAGCAGGUACCCACAAUCGAGGUAAAUACCAGAAGCUCUAGUGCUAGAGGAAGGUCUUUGGCGCUAUGGGCUCGUUAAAACUGGAUAGAUAAACCAACUUCUGUUUCUUUCAGCGUCUCGUUUGGGGUUGUCACACUGGCGUCUAAACGUGCUGUUUCGACACUAUCUAUUGAUUGAUCUUGACUUUCCUUUCCCCUUUCAGGAAUCCGACACGCCAUAUUAUUCCUUAUUCUACUUAUCUCGAAGCGACGAUGCCUCUUGUGAGGAUAGACCUAAUAAGAGGGGUAAGGUCUCCCGAUGAGAUAAGAAAGCUGGCCAAUGUGAUUCAAGAAGUUAUGCGGAAGCACUUCAACGCACCGGAACGGGAUCGCUACCAAAUUAUCACCCAACACGAGCCCUAUGAGUUGAUCUGCGAGGACACGAACCUGGGAAUGGAGAGAAGCAACAACUUGGUCAUCAUCCAGAUCCUGCAGCAAGGACGUAGUGCUGAACAGAAGCUAGCUGUCUAUCAAGCACUUCAUGAGCGACUAUCUGAGUUAUGUGGACUUCCUGGAGAGGAUCUUAUCAUAAGCUGUGCCGAAAAUACAAAGGCGGAUUGGAGCUUUGGGAUGGGAGAAGCACAAUUUUUGGCCGGUACAUUAUAGGCCGAUGUCAAUGACCUCACCAGGCUGUAACCGAUACCCUGGGGUUUCCU